AUGUCUCAGCCGAUCGUGGGUGGCCAAACCAGAGAAGCGAUAGACCUGUCUAAUGAGAAAAUUCUCAAGAAUAAACCGAAAGUCAUAGGAGUUGGUAUCGUCUUCAUCCCCAUUGGUGUGGCACUGUUUCUCGCAUCGGAAGGAGGCACAUGUUCGUUUGUUUCAGUGAAGGAGUACACGAUUGAUUAUACAAAGUGUGAGAUAGGCGCUCCAUGCAUACUGAUGAUCAACAUCACUGAGGAUAUGCAGGGUGAUGUUUAUAUUUACUAUUACUUGGAAAAUUACUUUCAAAAUCAUCGGCGUUAUGUGAAGAGUAGAAACGACAAGCAGUAUCUCGGAAAUCUUAUGGAAGUUUCCGACUGUGAGCCCUAUGCUUACAACGAGAACAACGUUCCAAUUGCUCCUUGUGGUGCCAUUGCUAACUCCAUGUUUAACGAUACAUAUGAGCUUUACUACAUCAAAAAUUCUGCGAGAAUACGUGUUCCUGUUACGACAGAUGGGGUGUUGUGGGACGUGGAUAAAGAGAGAAAAUUCAAAAAUCCUCCGGUUCCAGAUGGCGGGAACCUUUGUGAUGCGUUUAAGGGAGUUUGCAAAUUAUUUACUUCAAUGUUCACUCUAAAGGGAACUGUGAAGCCACCGAACUGGGCUGUUCAACCGUGUAUGAAUGGUGGAUUCGAGAACGUGGAUUUGAUCGUAUGGAUGCGAACUGCUGCUCUUCCAAAUUUCCGCAAGUUGUGGAGACUUGUAAAUCGCAAUGCUAAUGAUGUCCAGAGUGAUAGCUUGUUUCGUAAUGGUUUACCAAGUGGAGUUUACGAAGUUCGAAUCAAUUCCAGUUAUCCUGUGACAGCGUUUGGUGGUCGGAAAUCUUUUGUAGUGAGUACAGCAAGCUGGGUUGGUGGAAAGAACUCUUUCCUAGGCAUUGCUUACUUAGUCGUUGGAUCACUUUCUGUCGUGCUGGGCAUUGUAUUUAUAGCAAUUCAUAUAAAAUUUGGACAUUCAGUAAACGAACUUAGCAAUGUCGGACCUUCGCAUUAA